AUGCCGAACGUACGGUUCGCCGUCGGCAUCCAGCGGCUGAUACCCUUCUUGGGAUACCAUCAUGUCUUGAUGAUACUGAUUGCAAUAGCAAUCAUCUUUCUAUCACUUCUACUCGCAGGAUGUUCCUCUUCGUCACCUCUAAUACCAAGCAUCUUCCUCAUAUCCUUCUACUAUCACAGGUACACGCCGACAUACAAUCCGACUCAAGUCAAUCCCGGAGUCACGGCAGCCAUUGCGAAUAUCGUCGGCGAAACACACCUCGAAGUGAGAGUGGGAUACUUUGGACUUUGCGUCAACGCAGAUGGCGGAGGAAGUUUUCUGUGCUCGAAUAACGCCACACUCCUCGCCGAACAGAUCUCCAUCGAUCAGGAUCCUCUGAAUCUGAUCUGGGUGGCCAACACCUUCAAAAAUUCUGUCGUCUUCCCAUACUUGCUAAUCAUCGCAAUCGUCCUCGCAUUCAUCACCUUCCUUCUCCUUGCAACCUUCCCUGGCUGGCACGAGGAGCACGACGCCCGAACUGGAUCCGACAUCGAUAUCAAGCCUUUCCCAUCCCGACCCGUCUCGCAAGUCGCCUUGGCACUCAUAUUUAUCGCAUCCAUCUUCGUCCUCGUCAGUGUCCUCUGGCAACACACGGCAUCCGUCGCAGCGGCACAGGUGGCACAAGACCUUGGGAACGGCUCAGUGAAGAGUGGAGUCGGCACCAGUGCUAUGGUGCUGGGUUGGUUUGGAUUCGCACUAUUGAUCAUUGUAACAGUUGGACUGUUGGUGAUGAUUCUCAGCAUACACCUGUUGGACAAAUUGACGGACGAGUGA